AUGACUGCUGAUAGCACCGUUACCGGCCAGAAUGGCGCCUCCAACGGCGCUUCCAACGGCACUCCUCGCACCAAGAUUUGCGUGUUCUGUGGUUCAAGCGCAGGAAACGACCCUGAACAUGUCGAGACCGCGCGAGAGCUCGCCAGAGUAAUGGCCGAGAACGACAUUGACCUUGUCUACGGAGGCGGCACCGUCGGCCUCAUGGGCGAAGUCGCAAAGACGCUGUGCGAACUCAAGGGCCCCGACGCCAUCCACGGCAUCAUCCCCGAGGCCCUCGUCAAGUACGAGCGCGACGGCACCUACCAGACCAUCAACACCGACAACCAAUACGUGCCCACCGAGUCCACCUACGGCCGCACCACCGUCGUCAAGGACAUGCACACGCGCAAGAAGCUCAUGGCCGAGGAGGUCUUCAACGGCGGGCCCGGCAGCGGCUUCAUCGCCCUCAGCGGCGGCUACGGCACCGUCGAGGAGCUCUUCGAGGUCGUCACCUGGAACCAGCUGGGCAUCCACAAGCGCGGCAUCUGCAUGCUCAACAUCAACGGCUACUGGGACGGCAUCGUCCAGUGGGUCGACAAGGCCGUCGAGCAGGGCUUCGUCAAGCUGCCCAACAAGGACAUCCUCGUCACCGCGACCACCGCCGAGGACGCCAUCCUGGCCCUGAUGAACUACCAGGGUUCCGAGGGUACUUUCAAGCUGGAAUGGGGAACGCAAUAG